CCUCCUGAUGUCACUUCCACCCGCGCCAUUAGCUGUCGCUUCCUUUGUUCAGAGAGUAGAUAAGCUUCAGCACGCGCUUGCUCCAUCAGCUCUGACUUCGCCUGAUUUCUCCGCGAAAACCGUGAUCAACAUGGAUGCUAAUAACAAGAGGAAGAGCAGCAGCGGGGACAGUAAAUAUCUGCCGGAGUUACUGGCGGAGAAAGACAGCCUGGACUCCUCGUUCACGCACGCGAUGAAACUCCUGAGUGCAGAGAUUGAGAGGGUUCAGAAGGGUGAGCCUAAAAAAGAGUCUGAGACAUACCUGGAUCUGUUCACUGCCAAGAACGUGAGGGUGAAAGAGCGAGUGCUCAUUCCUGUCAAGCAGUACCCUCGGUUUAAUUUCGUGGGGAAGAUUCUGGGGCCGCAGGGCAGCACCAUUAAACGUCUGCAGGAAGACACCGGAGCAAAGAUCUCAGUGCUCGGCAAAGGAUCCAUGAGGGAUAAGAACAAGGAAGAGGAGCUGAGGAAGGGUGGUGAUCCGAAGUAUGCACACUUGGCCAUGGAGCUGCACGUGCACAUCGAGGUUUUUGCUCCCAUUCCCGAUUGUUACCUGCGUAUGGCACAUGCCAUGGAUGAGGUCAAGAAGUUCCUAAUGCCUGUGGAUGGUCUUGAUGAGAUGCAUCCGGAUGCUUUCAUGGAUCCAGGGUUUUUGAAUGGCUCCCAGGAUAUGUCUGGCCACGGCAGAGGUCUCGGUCCUCCUGGUAGAGGUCGUGGUGGCCCACCACCCCCUAGGGGUCGCGGUAUGCCCCCCCGUGGAGCGCCACGUGGAGGAGCUCCAAGAGGAGGUCCAGGGCGCGGAGCUUCAUCACGAGGAGCCCCCGUGGGACGGGGUGGUCCUCCACCCUCCACACCAACCAGAGGAGGAGGUGCCUCUCGAUCAAGACCACCAGCCCCGACUCAGAGGAUGACACCAGCAUCUGCUCUCUCCCACCAACAGCACUCGGCCAAACCUGAAGCUUACGGGGAAUAUGCCUAUGAAGAACCAUAUCCAGAGGCUGCCUAUGAAGGAUAUGAGAGCUACUACAGUCAACCUGCACCACAGCCAGACACAGAGUAUUAUGACUACGGUCACGGUGAGGCACAGGAGACUUACGAGUCUUACACAGAAGAUGACUGGGAAGGCGCCGCUUGGGGUGGUGCUGGGGGAAAGGCACCGGCUGCCCGGCAGGGCAAGUCAUUUCGGGAACACCCGUAUGGCAGAUACUGAGAGCUUUCCGUCACUGCAGUUGUUUGGGCAUCCGCCUCCCCUUCGUAAACCUCUUGUAACCCACCUAAAGUAAUUCUAGUUGUUUUUGUAUCCUGUUUUGGUUAACACUCCCUUUUUAAUAUGAAUCUACUCUUUACGUAGGACGAUGACCAUUUAUAAGUUCAACAUGACACGUUUUAGAUUUGCGAUUAUAUGCUGUGCUUAUAUUCUCUUUGCAUUUGUUUUACUUGUUUUUGUUUUUUUAAUUUCUUUUCUUUUAAUGGUUAAGUGUUUCUUCUCUGAAAAAUGGAUACCUGAAUGCUAGAUAAUUAGCUGAUGUCCAUGUGUAAAGUGACUUGCUAAAAAAAAAGAAAGAGAAAAUUGCCUGUUAAUAUCACUUAGAUUUAUUCCAAACGCGCUUUUUGUAAGGCAUAACAAAAAAAUUGAGGGAUGCUCAAAAAAAAACAUUAGUUCCUGUACAAACCAACAUGUUACUUAGUUUUCAAAUGAACAAAUUCCAUUUGGUUUGAGGCUAUUUAUUGUUUGAAAGUCUCGUGAAAACAUUCAAAAUUCGCAUCUGCUGAUUCCUUUUGUUAAAUGAGCAAAACAAAUAUCCCAAAGGUUCAAGUUUACUUCUAGACAGGUAAAAGUACAGCCCUCUCAAACCUUUGUAAGUACAAUAUCCAAAUAUUAGACUUGUUUUUUUUUUUUGGUGUUUUUAGUUUUGCAGUUUCCGUAAUAUUAGCAAAGUUGUGUGCAUUGCCUAACUAGGGAACUAAAUAUGUCCAAAAUGUGUCCCUAUCAGUUUGUCAAUAAAGCAUAGUUUUCUUUUACAGCCUACAAAA